UUCAAGAGUGAAAUUAAAACGAUUUUCUUACAUAGAUGUUUCGAAUAUUAAAUUAAAAUGGAGAUAAGUUUAGAAACAAGGCGAUACUCAUCGCUCGAAACAGAAAUUAUAACACAAGAAGAACCAAAAUCAAACAGUGUCUUAAUAAUACCGAAUAAGUUUCCAUUAAAUCAAGAAAAAAAAAUUUCUUUGUUGAAACAAUUAUUCAAACUUCGCGUUCAACUUUGCAUUUCCUUAACAGCCUCAUUACUAUCAUGCAUCAGUGGUAUGCAUUUGGGAUGGAUUGGUCCUACCAUUUUAAAAUUGUCAUCAAAGGACUCAGAAGUACCACUUACAACAACCGACAUAUCAUGGCUGACAAUGAUGUUACCAUUGGGCGGUAUAAUAGGCCCCACAUUUGGUUCAAUAUUUUCAACAUAUUUUGGGCGUAAGCGAGCAAUAUUAAUAGGAACGAUACCAUCAAUAAUAGCAUGGACUCUAAUAUUUUUUGCUACAACAAAAUAUGAAUUAUAUGCUGCACAAUUAUUUAGCGGUUUAACAGUAGGUACUUCAUUUGUAGUAUUACCAACUUAUCUUGGUGAAAUUGCUUCACCAAAUAUUCGUGGCAUUUUAGCAACACUGAUUGGUUUACAAUAUUUUUUUGGAGUAGCUAUAGAAAGUAUUAUUGCACCUUAUGUUUCUUUAAAAGUAAACGCACUCACAGGUGCUGUGCUACCAAUAUUUUUGGUAAGUAUUUUUAUAUGGAUGCCAGAAUCACCAUAUUUUUAUGUAAUUAAAAGAAAAUGGGAAUCUGCUAAAAAGACAUUGAAGAUUUUAAAACAAGAUUCAAAUAUUGAUGAAGAGUUUGAUGGCAUAAAGUUAUUUAUUGAAGAGGAAAAACUUGAUGCUACCACAUUAAUUAGUUCAUUGCGUUUAAAAACUAAUCAAUUUGCAAUUGGAUUAGUUUUGGCAUCGAUGACAAUUCAAGAAUUUUCUGGUAUAAAUGUUACAAUUGCAUACGGUGAAAUGAUUUUAAAUAUCGAAAAUUCGCCAAUUAGUGCACAUGCUGGUGGCAUAAUUCUCAACCUCAUUGGUAUAUUCGCUUCAUUAAUUGGAUGUUUAAUGGUAGAUAAAUGGGGGCGUCGGUCCCUUGCACUAUUAUCGCCUUUUGGUGCAAUCGUUCCACUCAUAUUAAUUGGCUCAUAUUUUCAUAUGGAAUACGUAAAUUAUAAAUUUAAGAGUAUGGAAUAUUUACCGUUAAUUGGAUUAAUCUUACAUAAAAUUACAUUUAGCAUCGGAAUGGGUCCUCUACCAUUUGUUUAUUUGAGCGAAACUCUAUCUACAAACAUAAAAGGUUUUGCUUCGGUUGUAGCUUGCACAAAAUUAUACUUUAUACUAUCUUAA